CCGCUGGGCUAGCUGGGCGCUCCGAGCCGGGACUCGCUGCGCGCCCCCCCCCCGCGGCCGCCUCCGCCCUUGAAGUCCCCGGUCGGCGCCUGGCGACCAUGGCCCUGCUGGCGGCCCUUCUGCGCGGCGGCGCCCGCGGCCGCAGCCCCCUGCUUCGGAGGCUGGCUCAGGACAUAAGAUAUGUGGAGCGAGGUUAUGUAUCAAAACCCACUUUGAAUGAAGUGGUCAUAGUAGGUGCUAUAAGAACACCUAUUGGAUCCUUUCUAGGCAGCCUUUCCUCCCUGCCAGCUACUAAACUGGGUUCCAUUGCCAUUCAGGGAGCCAUCGAAAAGGCAGGGAUUCCAAAAGAAGAAGUGAAAGAAGCCUACAUGGGUAACGUUCUCCAAGGAGGCGAAGGACAGGCCCCUACAAAGCAAGCGGUAUUGGGUGCAGGCUUGCCUGUUUCUACUCCAUGCACCACUAUAAACAAAGUUUGUGCCUCAGGAAUGAAAGCCAUCAUGAUGGCCUCUCAGAAUCUUAUGUGUGGACAUCAGGAUGUAAUGGUGGCAGGUGGGAUGGAGAGCAUGUCCAACGUUCCCUACAUAAUGAACAGAGGAGCAACACCAUAUGGUGGGGUAAAGCUCGAAGAUUUAAUUGUAAAAGAUGGGCUAACUGAUGUCUACAAUAAAAUUCACAUGGGCAACUGUGCCGAGAAUACUGCCAAGAAACUGAAUAUUGCACGAGAUGAACAGGAUACUUUUGCUAUUAACUCCUACACCAGAAGUAAAGCAGCGUGGGAAGCCGGAAAAUUUGCAAAUGAAGUUAUUCCUGUCACAGUUGCAGUAAAAGGUAAACCAGAUGUAGUGGUGAAAGAAGAUGAAGAAUAUAAACGUGUUGAUUUUAGCAAAGUUCCAAAGUUGAAGGCAGUAUUCCAGAAAGAAAAUGGCACAGUAACAGCUGCCAACGCCAGCACACUGAAUGACGGAGCGGCUGCUGUGGUUCUGAUGACCGCAGAUGCGGCCAGGAGGCUCAACGUUAAACCACUGGCAAGAAUAGCAGCAUUUGCUGAUGCUGCUGUAGAACCUAUUGAUUUUCCAAUUGCACCUGCAUAUGCUGUACCUAAGGUUCUCAAAGAUGCAGGAUUGAAAAAAGAAGAUAUUACAAUGUGGGAAGUAAAUGAAGCCUUUAGUGUGGUCGUACUAGCAAACAUUAAAAUGCUAGAGCUUGAUCCCCAAAAAGUGAAUAUCAAUGGAGGAGCCGUUUCUCUGGGACAUCCAAUUGGGAUGUCUGGAGCCAGGCUUGUCGUUCAUCUGACUCAUGCCUUGAAGCAAGGAGAAUACGGUCUUGCCAGUAUUUGCAAUGGAGGAGGAGGUGCUUCUGCCAUCCUGAUCCAGAAGCUGUAGACAACCUCUGUUGUCUUAAGGCAACAACCCUAUGUGGCCAGAAAGACCUGUUGUAAUGGGUGUGACUGACUACCCUGGCUCAGCUUGGACUCAAAAUCUGUUUCAUUUUUUUUAUUAUUUUCUAUUUUAACUUUUUUUUAAUAUGAUAAAAAGAUCAAAUCCCAACACCUUUUGAAAGUAAAUGUAAAUUUUUCUUCUGCUUCAAAUUUUUUAUAAUCUCUAGAAGUUCAACACGUUUUCAUGUUAUAAAGCUAUACUAUGAAAUACCAGUGUGCAAUAUUAGUGACAUAAGUAGCUAGAAGUUUCCAUUUUAGAGAACAAAUCAUAAUCUAUAUUUGUGAGGACUGUUUGUUUGUUAAAGAUCAAGUGAAUGUCACCUAUAGCUAACUCAGAUUUAGUAGACUCUUCAAAGCGAGAGCAAGCUAUUUUGGGCAAACUAGCAGUGCCUCAUACCGUUAGUCAAGUAGCCACAAUGUGUGAAGUGUUGCUAGAAACAGGAGAAACUCAUGUGCUCAGGUCCAGAGUGGGUGCACUUUCUCAUAACCUCAGCAUUCAGGAUUUGGUUGGGGUGGGGUCAAGGUUCCUACAGCAGCAGAGAGUGAGAAAGAAGGUGGAAACUGCUCAACUGAAUGGAUUUAUAAAGGGAAGAGAUGGUCACUUUCAAUAUGCCACAAUGCUUGUUCUUAGCAGGAUAAAAUGCAGCACAAGUACCUCGAACUGCAUUUCAUCUGGGGAAAAAACCACUGCAGGCAGGGGGACUUAUGCGCACCAACCUCAGCUGCAGCUCCGAGAAGGGAAAGCUGCUACUCGAGUUGAGCUUGACAGUAGUGGGGGAGAGGGGGCAGAAAAGAUCAUUGUAUACACGGAUCUCUUGGCAAAUAAUUCAUUGUGAAUCCUUAUCUUUGAAGGAACAAAAAGGCAGUUUGUGGCAAAAAAGAAAUAUUGUUUAAAAGAAUACUUUCAGAAAUACCUGUGUGGUAAUCACAGCUAACUUUUGUGGCUCACUGUGUGCUUUCUGUCCUAGAGGCUUUAUUUAUAUUAACUCCUUUAAUCCUCACAAAAACCCAAGAGGGUAGGUAGGUACUAUUAUUAUCCCUGCUCUACAGAUAGGGAAAUUGAGGCAUGGAGUGGCUAAAUAAAUUCCAAGGUCAAAUGCCUGGUGAGUAGCUGCAAUGGGUUCUAAUCCCAGCAGUCUCACCUUAGAGCCCAAGUUCUUAACUCGCUAUGCUCGGCUUCUCGGGACUCUCAGUAAGCAUCUGUCCUAACUAUAACAGGAGCUCAGCAAAAUACACGAAAAAAAAGAAACCCAAAAUAUAUUAGAAUACUUUGUUGAAGAGAAGCAGAAUUAACACUGCACCCAAAAGUCAGUGGUCUGAAAAACAUCUGAAAAGCUCUGACAAUUCUGGGAAAUAAUGAAGAGAGGAAAACAAAAAAGGAUACAGAACCAACAAGUAAAUGGUAUUUCUUAAAAAGAAAUAAAUUCAAAUAGUUCUCUGAAGCAAUAAUUACAAUAUAAUAGAAAAACUCAGGUUUUUAAAUACUAAGUGGGCAGAUUUUGAACCUUAUUUCAUUAGCAAAAUUAACAGAAUCAUACUAAGAUAUUCUGGAGAAAACAGUAAAGAAGAAAAUUCUUCAAACAUCUAGAGAGAAAAAUGGGUAGUUUAAGUCCUCACUUCUAAUCAGAAGUGACCACCAUCUACAUAUUUGUAAUGGAAUAAAGUGAUAGAUAACUAGAAGGAGUGUCUAGGCAUGCAAGAGCUUAGAAAGUACGGCACUCUGAUGUUUCCCCCCAAAAUGACAAAGGUUUAUACCAGCACAUGGAAAGAAGAAUCAAAAUCAGGAAUUCAGGAACAUGAAAGUUUAAAAUUUUUUAAAUGAUUAAGAACUGGCUGGGGAGCAAGGGAAGGUACUGGUAAAAUAGGGGUAAAAAUAUAUAUAUGCUAAAUAAAGGCAAAUGCCAGUAGAAUGUAAAAAUGAGUUCUACAUCUUAAAUUAUUAUAGAACAUAAAAGCUGAAAACCCAAUUAUAGAAGUAAGAAGACAGGGUUGGCAUAUAUCAUAAAAUGAUUAGAAGUCAAGGCAGAAAGUGUUAAAAAAAUAGGACAAGAACUAUCCUGUACAGGCAUACCUUGGAGAUACUGCAGGUUUGAUUCCAGACCACUGCAGUAAAGUAAGUCACACAAAUUUUUGGGUUUCCCAGUGAAUUUAAAAGUUAUCUUUAUACUGUAGUCUAGUAAGUGUGCAAUAGCAUUAUGUCUAAAAACGCAAUGUAUAUAUCUUAAUUAAAAAAUACUUUAUUGCCAGAAAAUGCUAA